AUGGUUAAAAAUGUGGAGUUUGAAGAUUCUGCAAAGGGUAAAUUUUUCCUUUGGAGAGCUGUGAGGGGUGUUUUGCCUACGCGUAUGCGGUUGCAAGAUAAAGGUGUUCCGUGUACGGAUUGCUGUCCUUUUUGUGAAACAAAUUACGAGAACGAUUGGCAUGUUUUCAUGGGGUGUGAAGAAGUGAAAACUGUUUGGCGGACAGCAGGCCUAUGUGAUUUAAUUGCUGAGAUAGUUGCUGAUGCCGCGAGUUUUGCAAACUGUUUUUUCUCAUUAUUAUGCAGGUUAACAACUAAUAAGUGCAAAGACAUGACAAUGAUACUUUGGUGCAUAUGGCGUCGCCGUAAUGACAAAGUAUGGGACGGUGAUCUGAAGCUAGUUUCGAUCGCAAUUCAGUUAGCACGUGAGGCGCUAUUCCAAUGGCAGAUUGCGAGACAGAACACUGCAGAACCACAUCAGACACAACAACAACAAACAAUACAGUGGCAGCCACCAGCACAAGGUGUUCUGAAAUGCAACGUCGACGCGGCCAUUUUCAAUGAGUUAAAGAGUCUGUGUACAUGUAUAUGUAUUAGAGAUCAUCGUGGCCAAAUUAUAAAGGCUGCUACAAAUUGGUACGAAGGAAAUCCUCUUCCUCAAGAAGCUGAAGCGGUGGGUUUACGUGAUGCUAUUUUGUGGCUUGGAGAGUUGGGAUUAUCGGAUGUGCACAUUGAACUAGAUUGUAAGAUAGUGGUUGAUAGCAUAUGUGAUAAGAAUAAUAACCAAGCCGAAUUUGGCAAUAUCAUAGCUAAUUGUAUGUCACUUUUGCAACAAUUCACAAACUUUAAGAUAAGUUUUGUUAGGAGACAAGCGAAUGUUGUCACUCAUAACUUAGCAAGGGUGUCAAUAUUACAUGCUCGUCACCGUGUCUUUGAUUUGAUUCCUUCUUGUAUUACAAACCUUGCGAUGAAUGAAAUAAUAUGA